CAAGAGUUUGUACUAAUGUAUCUGGCAUAUCAUUAACGUAUAUAAGAAAUAAGAGAGGCCCUAAAAUUGAUCCCUGCAGUACUCCACAGGAUAUUUCUUUGGCCUCUGACAAAACAUCACCAUUACAUACACCAUUACAAACAUCACCAUUACACACUUGUGUUCUGUUGGUCAGAUAGGUGGAUAAGUCAAGUAUCAGUGGAAUGAGCCGUUCUAAAGCCAGAUUGGAGUUCAUAAAGAAGUUUGUGCUCCAGAAGGUAUCCCUCAAGUUGAUUAAAAACUUUGGAAGGUGGUGAGGAUUGACACAGGCCAUUUGUUUUACUGCUCUUCUUGUGGAGCGGAACCACCCAGGCUGUUUUGAGAUCCUUGGGAAAUGUACCACUACUAAUAGAAAGGUUUACAAUAUGCUUUAUCAUUUUAGCAGUGACACAAGCACUAUCCUUUAUGAAUCUUGCAGGAAGGUUAUCCAGCCCAGUUGCUUUGUUUGUGCUCAUUAAGCAUAGUAGAUUGGAGAUAUUGUCCUCUGUUACCAUGCACAGCUCUAACAAAUCAUUGGUGAUACCUUUGGUAUGGUAAAAGGUGUUAAUGAAAGACUGGCCAUAGUGUCCAGAGCAGGUUGGUAACUUCUUAACCAGAGAUGAGGCUAUAGUGGUAAAAAAAUGUGGUAAAAUAAUUUGCAACCUUUGCCUGCUGAUAGCAAAAAAACAUCAAUAUCCAGGCCAAUAGUACAGGAUUUGUACCUUAUGGGGAGUUUUUAAGCCAAUGUCCUUCAACAUUUCCCACAGUUUACGAGACAGAUGUAAGUUGUCAUUAACAGCUUCUAUAUAAUGUUGUUUCCAUUUUGUAUCUUGCCUGGUUUCUACUGUUAAUAUAACCGUCAUAAUCUUGUUAUAGAUUUGUCCUUCUGAAUCUGGCCAGGUAGCGAUGCCUUUUCCUUAUGAGGUCUAAGAUCUGGGAAAUGAUGCAUUUCCCUGACCGCUGUUUGACUGGAAUUUGUUUCAUCGGAGCCAGAGAUUCGAGUGCAGACAGAAACAGAUCUUUAAAAAGAUAACUUGAUCAACAUCAUCACAGUUUAGUACAGGAGACCAAUACAAAAGGUCAAGUACUUCUACAAAACGUUCUUUUGAGUAUUGUUUCAUAGACCGUACCUUCAUGUAUUUAUUACCUGGCUCUAGUAGUAUUUUGGAUUUCUUACGGGUACAGUAGGUUACCAUAUGAUCACUAAAACCAAUAUUUAAGACUCCUGACUGACAGAUGUUCUCUUGAUCUGAUACAAUAAUCAAACCCAAAGUUGAUUUAGUGUCAAUACACACCCGGGUUGGCUCAACAAUCAGUUGUUUUAGUCCAAAUAACUGAUUAAAGUUAUACAGGGCAUUUACUAGUGUGCUUUUCUUGGGUGAUAACAGCACAUUUGUAUUAAAAUCACGAAGCAGAAUACAUUCUCUAUCAGAAAAUACAAUUUGAUUCAAGUAAAUCAUAGAAAUGAUUCUGCUUAGGAGGCUGAUAGCAGACCAACAAGUAUAGGACGACAUUAAGGAAGAAGUAUAUCUACCCAUGCAACCUCAAGACCAUCCAUUUUCAGAUCUGAACGAGGGUUAAAAUGCAUAUCAUUCCUAGUAAACACACACGCCCCCACUGUUUCGGUCAACUCUAUGAAUGCUAUAACCUGAUAGCUCAACCUCAUCGUCCUCAAUUGACCCAUCGAGCCAUGUUAGGGGGCUGGAAACAGUGAAUAUCCUUUUGGUACUUGUUAGUGGGCUGCACACAGUGAAUAUUAUUUUGGUGCUCAUUAGUGGGCUGGACACAGUGAAUAUUAUUUUGGUGCUCAUUAGUGGGCUGGACACAGUGAAUAUUAUUUUGGUGCUCAUUAGUGGGCUGGACACAGUGAAUAUUAUUUUGGUGCUCAUUAGUGGGCUGGACACAGUGAAUAUUAUUUUGGUGCUCAUUAGUGGGCUGGACACAGUGAAUAUUAUUUUGGUGCUCAUUAGUGGGCUGGACACAGUGAAUAUUAUUUUGGUGCUCAUUAGUGGGCUGGACACAGUGAAUAUUAUUUUGGUGCUCAUUAGUGGGCUGGACACAGUGAAUAUUAUUUUGGUGCUCAUUAGUGGGCUGGACACAGUGAAUAUUAUUUUGGUGCUCAUUAGUGGGUUUGACACAGUGAAUAUAAUGGUUCACAAAAAUGUUGGAUUGGAUCAGUCCUUGGAUUUUUGACUGUUUUUUCUCGGUUUCAGGAAGGAAAACAAUACCAUUACACCAUUGUUUGUCAAUUAUAAUAAUAAUGAUCGACAAUAUUUACUGCAAGUUACCUUCCAAAUGAAUGGCUGCCAGAAUGAAUCAAACAGCUUCUUAGGGCCAUGAUUGACAGCUAGUAUGAACUUGAGAAACAUUACUUUGAUAUUGAUGACCUUAGAACCUGAUACCAGAGCCACUGUAAGAAUGGAUCCUACCAGUGAUGUUGUUACACCAAACAGGCUCCCUCAGAAAUAUUAGUUAGGCUACUACCACUGUAGUAGGGUUUAAAACGUUGACUACUUUACUCAAAAUCAUUUCUCAUUUAAAACAGUUUUUUUUAAUGUGAUGGUUUUCCCAUCCAUUUAGUUUUUCCCAUCCUCUCCUGAGAACCCUGAUAAAACCGAACCAAGAGACAAAAAUCAUGGAAUGAACAGGAACCAAUUACGUUACACCCACAAUGCCUAUUGAUAGAAACAAAUAUUUUUUUGUUAUAAGCUAUGAAUGACUGAACUGGUAUCAAAUAUCUGCUUUUCCAGGAUGUGGCAUGUUCCUGAACUUUGGGAAAGUGAGCACAACUAGUGCAAACCGUGGGGACUGGCUAACCGAGGAGGUGGAACUCAACACUAAAGGAGGCAGAGAUGAUCGCAACUAUCUAUGGGUGUCGCUGAAGAUGCGGUCUGAAAACCCCUUUCUGUCCCUGGUCCUACCCAGUAUACUGAUCAUUGUGGCAGAUGUGGUGAGCUUCUCCCUGCCACUGGGAGGGGGCGAGCGUAUCUCAUUCAAGGUUACACUGGUUCUCAGCUUCAUCAUGUUCCUCAUCAUCCUCAACGACCUACUGCCUGGAGGAGGCCAGUGCAGCCCCAUCAUCCGAAAGCACUUCUGUUUCUGUUUGGUCAUCCUGGUGUUGAGCACGUUGCAGUCUAUGGUGCUCACACGCCUGGCUAAGUGUGGCACUCUCUGGCCCUGCAGCCUCUCCAAGUCCAAAGACUCACUGCUUAAAGACACAGACAAUGAAGAGG